CAUCAUACUUGGUGAGACCAGUACAGGUUGAAUAAGUGGUUCAGUUGAGUUGAAAUCAAGAAUCUUUUUUGAUCAUCAUUUUCAUCCUCAUCACCAUCAUUUGACUAAAUGAUACGACCAGGUUAAGAAGAAGUUUACCUUUUUCUUUCAUUUUUUUAUUCUUCUUCUGUUUCUUUCAUCUGUUAUUGCUGGUUCCAUUUAUCCUCAUUCAUCUUUACCCUGUUCAUUGAUUGGAAUACAUCAUUUCGUUGUUUCCUCUGUUGGUUGAGGAUUUCAUUUCAAAUUGUGAAUUUAACUUUUAAAUCAUUUGUUUUCAUCUAAGGAUUUCAAAUUGGAUAACACAAUGUUUCAAACAUUAACUAUUUUAUCAGUUGCUUUGCUGUUAACCCUAACAGCAACUGUUUCAGCUGAAGAGGAUCGAAAUAUAUUGUCCAAGCUUAAUUCAAAUAUCGAGUUGACUAAAGUUAAUAACAAUAAACCUGUUGCCCCAGUUUCUGGUGAACCUUUGAAAACAGCAGAAACUCGACCAGGAGCAACCGGCAGUGAAUUUACAGCAAGUCACACCGAACAGUCUUAUAGUUCUUCUGCAUCUUUUGAAUCAUCUGGUGCUGGUGGUCCAGGAUCAUCAUCAUCGUCUGGUGAAUUAAAUGGUAACAGAGGUUCAGCUCCUGUUAAUUCACAGGCUGCUUCAUCAACAAGUUAUCAAGUUUCUGGUGAAAAUUUCGCUGGAUCCAGUUCAGAAGGUCAACAUCAGCAAAACCAACAAUUGCAAACACAACCUCAACAACAUGGAUCUGCCGAGGUUUACUCAUCAUCUGCUGAAGAUACUUCAUCAGGUGCCGCUGCACCAUCUACAGCACCUGCAGGUUAUGGACGACCUGAUCUUAAUGAAGUUGACUUCAGUCGAACCAAUGGCUAUCAUGCAUCCGGAGCUAGAUCUUUGUCACAUCCUUAUGGCUCUUAUGAUAUUAGCGGGCAAACUUAUGACUUACAGCGAAACCCUGAACCCGCUUAUGAUAACGGAGCAUCAGGUGAAUACAAUUCAGCUCAAGCUAAUGUUGCCAACGAAGGUGGAUAUAGUUUAAGUCAAGAUACUGGUGCCUAUGAAGAUGCAAAUUCUAAUGAGGACGAGGGUAGUGCCUACCGCACCCAAGAGCCCGAAGGCUCACCGGUUCCUUUAGCUGGCUCCGGACCUGAAAAUCAUCAGCAACAACAUCAACAGCAACAUCAACAACAACAACAACAACUUCAACAGCAACAACAGCAGCAGCAACAACAACAGCAGCAACAAUCAGUACCUUCAGCUGAACAAGGUGCACAAGGUCCUCGUAAAGCAAGCUCAACUCUAGCUACUCCUGGACCAGUUCCUGAUUACGGUGGCUUCCGCCCAGUUAUCAAAAGUCAAACUAUUCCAGUUCCACCAAUUCCAGGCCCACAACGACCUCCAUAUGCUUUGGCUCAAGGUGAACCCUUCCGAUCCGUUUCUAUCAAUUACGAGCCACCAAAAUCAAUUUACAGUUAUGAUGGAUCACCUAAUACAGCCAAUACUGGAAGUUACAAUGCUAAAAGUUUCCCUGUAUACGGCCAUGGACAAAGAGAAGCCCAACCACAAGUAGCUACUCCUCCCAAUUCUCAUGCUGGUUAUGGAUUAGAUUACGCUUCUGGUAAGCCUUACGGUGGAGAUCUUUCCGUUAAGCCUUAUUCAUCCGAUCCAAAUGGAAAUGUUAAAAAAAUUAUUCCAAUGACCAUCGGUUAUGACGAACUUGUCAAGCCACCUACUCCAUCAGCUGCCCCAUAUCAUACUGCAGGUUCACCACCUUCAUCACCCCAUCACGGAUCAGAAUAUAUCGUUUCUCAUGGUCCUCCUCAACAAGGCUAUGAACAAGGUCCACCACAGGGUUCUUAUGGUCAACCUCCUCAACAAGGUCCUCCUCAAGGUCAACAGGGUCCACCUCAAUUCAAUGGAGGCUAUGGACAACCUGUCACAUAUCAAGCAACUCCUAUUGGAUAUGCUCAACAAGAUGCAUAUGAACAACAAUCUGGUCCAAUUGGCUAUGAUCAACCUCCUCAACAAAACCCUCACCACCACCAUCAACAACAACAACAACAACCACCACAACAGCCACAACAAGGCCCACCUAUGGGAUCUCCAAUCAACUAUGGCCAACAAGGUCCAGUCUCAUAUGAACAAGCAGAACAAGUUCAAGUUCAACCACAACCUCCUCAACAAGGUCCACCACAAGGUCCACAACAAACUCCACCUCAUCCUCAAUCUCAUCAUCACUCUCAUCCUUAUCCUCAUCCACAAGCCUCUGGUCAACUUUCUCCUCCCCCACCACAACAUCAGAUACAGCAAACUCCACCUGUCUAUGAACAACACUCUGGUCCCGGCCCAGUUCUUUCAGGUUCACCCCCUGUUCAAUUCGAGCAUGAACAAAAUUAUGGACCACAAUCUGCUUCCCCUGUUAACUAUGAACAACAAGGACCAGGAGAGUACCAAGCAAGCCCACCUAAGCAAAACUAUGAACAAACUACAACUUUCGUUGAGAGCUCAGGAUACCCUGGUAACUUGGGACCCGCUUACGGUACAAUUAAAGAUGGACCAAGUCCAUUAUCUGGUUCCAUUAGUGGUCCUGCACCUUCUCCCAUGGAAGGUUACUCUGGUAACAUAGCUUCAGAAAAUGAAUACUAUCCAUCAUCUUAUGAUUCAAUCGAAAACUCUGCUGGACCAUCAAGCUAUCCAUCAUCACUCCCUAGUUUCAAUUCUCAAGGUGGAAGUUACUCCUCUGGAGGUUAUUCACUCCCAGACGAUUCUUACAUGCAAUCACUCUUUGGUUUCCCCACUUAUGAUGUUUCCUCAGGCAAAGGAAAUCCUUAUGCCGCUGGAUCAAACCCAAUACCUUCACCAGCAUCUGCAGGAUCGCAUCUUUCAAAGUUCCCAUCUGGCUUAUCUGGUUCAUCAUCAGGUAAACCAUCAUCAGCAUCUUUCUUACCUUCAAUCAAACUGACUGGAAAUGGAAUUAAACUCACUGGUUUUGGUUCAAGUCUCAGCGGUGGAUUAGGAAGUAUUAACCAAGCAAUUGCGUCAACUUUAGGAUCAGGAUUAAGUGGUGUCACCGGUCCAGGAUUAGGAUUAAGUUCAGGAUUAAGUCAAGCAUUAAGUUCAGGCUUAGGCUCAGGUUUAGGCUCAGGUUUAGGUUCAGGUUUAGGUUCAGGACCAUCAAUGAAUGGCGCAGCUCUUCAUGGCAGUGGACCCAACGCUGGUCGCGGUCGACCAUUAGCAUCAUUCUACAACAAUUUGUCCGGUUUAGGCUCACCUUUCGGCGGCCUUGGUGGACUUAAUUACGGUACUGCAGCAUCAAAGUUGAUCCCACAAGCCAUUCGUGCUCCAUUCCGAUCAAUGUAUCGAGCUCUUAUGGGUAACGGUAAUCCUAAUCCAAUGAAUCCAAUGAAUGGUUAGAUGCAGCUUUUUGAUCAUUAAUUAGAUUCUUCACUUUCACCACAAUUUUCAUCAUCAAACUCAUCAUCAUCAUCAUCAUUUACAUCAUUUGCAUCACAUUCACUUUUCAUCCUAAAUUACCAUUCUCAUGCUGAAAAAUGUCAUCAAAAUGCUUAACUUCACCUUCCGUCUCAUCAAUGAGCAAAAAUAGCCUUUAAAAUUUUUUUGCUCAUAUUUUUUUCGCCAACAAUUCAACCAUCAUCCUCAAUCAUCAUCAUCACCAUCACCACCAUCAUCACCCCCAUCAACUUCAUCUUCACCAUUCUCACCUGCAUCAUCUUCCAGCAUCUAAAAUUUCACAUUCCUCUAUCAGUCGCCAUCGAAUUAACAGCAUUUUCCCAUUUCCUUUCUUUCCAUUAUUUGCGUCCCACCACACUUCAAGGAGGAUUUAAUUACAACCUAAAUCAAUUAUAACCACAUUGAGACUUUCCUUUAUAACGUUACAACGUAAUUUGAAACUGAUAACAAAAACAAUCAUUGUGUUUCCUCCAUUUUUUACAUUCUUGUUUCACCAUCAUUACCAUCAUAGUCUUUCGCUUUCUCUCAUCACUUUUUGCCAUUUUCUUACUUUUUUCGUCCAUCUAUCUUCCUCUCUAUCCCUCUCUCUCUCUCUCUCUCACUGAGUGAUACUGAUAAAUGCUCAGAAAACUAAACUCAAAAUUUGGGCUUCCAUUCCAAUUGUGAAAUGAAAAAAAAACAAAGAGAAUCUCGGAGAACCUAAACUGACCAGACAAAUGAUCAAAACGAUUCAAGACUCAUCAUUACCACCACCACCACCAUCACAAUCAUCAUCCUCAUAAUCAUCAAUAUCAUCAUGAGAAACAACGAAAUAAAGCCAAGCAAGUUUCCUAGUAAAGCAUGGAUGUGAUUAGGUCUUAAACUAAUUCACUUCAAUCUUUCAAAAACUUGAUCAUCACUUCUUUUAGUCCAUCAUCUUUGUUUUUCCAACUCUUUCAACCUUUUCAUCCUCAUCUUGUUCAACUCUUUCUCACUGUAAUCAAAAUUUUUUUUACAAAACAUUAUUUCCAUGAGAAAACUUUUCAUACCUGAAUUGUUAACACUUUGUAUUGUUAGAAAAAAAAACAAAUGAAAACAAAAAACAAGAUGAGUAAAGAAACAAAACACAAUCAAACAACAUUGAUUAA